AUGGGAGGCGCAAGGUGGUGCCUUGGUGCUGAACUCUGGACGCCCAAGGUCAAGGUACACUCCUCGGCCUCCUGUUCGUCGCAGAAGCGGCUACUCCCAGAAGACACACCGACCGCCGAUGCUCCUCCGGCUGAGGAGCCAGCGGCGGCGGUCGGCCAAGGCCAAGUCGUCAAAGACGAAGGCGAAGGGGUCGGGGAAGAGCACAGGAGCCAGCAGAGGGAGGUGUUCACCAUCUGGAUGAAAUCGCUGGUGCUCAACGGGAGCGGCUGCACGGUCUUCGACUCCCGCGGCCGCAUCGUCUACCGCGUCGACAACUACGGCUCCCACCGCUCCGUGGACGUGUGCCUCAUGGACAUCACGGGGAGCGUGGUGCUCCAGGUCCUCAAGAAGUUCCGGAGGUGGGAGGGAUACAGGUGCGGCGGGUGGGACCGCGCCGACGCGCCGCGACGGCUGCCGUGGUUCACGGUGGUGAGCAACAAGUGGAGCCGCGGCCCGCGCUGCGAGUUCAGGAGCGACGGCCACGCGGUGCGCUACAAGAUGGACGGCGGCAGGCGGCGGCAGCAGGCGGCGCGCGCCUCGUGGAUCGUGGACGACGCCACCGGGCUGGCCGUGGCGGAGGUGAAGAGGAAGCUGACGGCGACGGGGGUGUCCCUGGGCGAGGACGUGCUGACGCUGGUGGUGGAGCCCAACGUGGACCACUCGCUCAUCAUGGGGCUCCUUGUGGUGCAUGGCCUCAUAAACCACUCCAUGUGA